GAAAACAAGAGAAAGAAGCGCAGGCGUAAUGGAUCUUAGAAAUAUGAUUUCGCAGACUCCUACGGGAAAACAACUGUCGGAAUAUCAGCUAAAUUUGCUGAGUAAAAACAAUAUAGAAACCCUGUUCGAUUUCCACGAGACUACCGAGAAGAAGCUCCACGAAUUGUUGGCCAUCCCAAAGGAGUCUGUGCUGGAAAUUAAGAAGGAGCUGGCGGAUCUUUGGCUGAGGCAAUCACAGGCGGAGGGCCCUCCUGCAGUGGAGUACGGCACGGGCAUGGAAGAAUUGGACAAGUUGCUGGACUCCGUGGAUCAGCCAUUCAAGAGCGGCCGUAUCUGGGAGCUGUGCGGCCACCCAGGAACGGGCAAGACCCUAUUUAUGUACACCCUAGCACUGAAUUUUGUGUGGAAACAUUCCCAGCAAGUACUCUUCAUCGAUACCAAAAGCGAUUUCUCUUGCAAAAGAAUACAGGACUUGCUGCUGGCAAGAAAUUGGGAUGCGGCCACUUGUGAGAGAGUCAUGCGGGCGAUUCACGUGGUCCAAGCUCCCACCGAUACGGUUUUAAUUGAUGUGCUAAAGACCCUCGAUGAGCAACUGACCGCCCAGGUUGAUGGGGCCCUGAAAACUAAGUUGGUUGUAAUUGAUUCCCUGGUGCCUUGCUACGUCCACUAUCGCGGCGAUGAGAUGUUCAAGGUCAGGCAAGCCUUGCUAACGGAGCUGGCCUGUAGAAUUCGUAGGCUAGCAGCUCGUGGCUUGGCCUCUGUCAUCGGCAACGUGUCUUUCCCUAGCGAGGAUAAAGAUGAUUGUAUGGAUGACGGCGAGGAUGACGGCAACAGUGAUGAGAAGACUGCGCGGCAUAAAGACGGGCCCAUGUUCGGUGCCUACUGGGCAUCGGUGUGCACGCUGAGAAUGUCCCUGGAGCUGCCUACGGGUUCGGAUGGCGAGGAAACCUCUGACCGCCUGGGAGAAGCCACCUCCUCCAGCUGUGACGACGGCCUGCGUUUGGUGAACGUCCUCUCAAACACCUAUGGCCCCGCUGGCGACUCCUGCCUGCUUCGCAUCACAGAGGCUGGAGUGGUUUAA